ACUUGGAGAAAUACGCUGCGUCAAGUAUGUACAAUCUGUUGAUACAUGUUUCUAAACUAUUAAAGCACAUAAAAUUACAUACAAAUUGGGGCAACAGUAAAGAAUAAACAUCAAGGCAAAAUGGCCUCGAAUCAAACAAUAAUAUGCCAUGGCUCAGCAUUAAACAUGAAUGCAUUCAUAUGGACAACAUGUUGUCCAUAAUCUUCGUCGCAAGUUUCACCCAAAUGUUUUUAUACCAAUAAUACAACGACUAAUCCUCCUAGAUACUACCAUUCAUACACUCGAGUGGAAAGCUUAUUCGCAACUAUCAUCAUUCGACUAUAUUCAUCAUUAAGUCAUUCAUACAUCUCAAUUAUUUCAGUAUUUACCAAAGUAUCAAACAAUAUGGAUUCACUUUUCGCGAAUCAGGAGUCUGCGAAUCCAAUCGAGAAAGAUUUUGCUUAUAACAACAAUGUCGCUAAUGCACAUGUAACUAUUCGUCUGAGAUUUUUACGCAAAGUCUACGGGAUCCUUUUCACACAGCUCUUGAUAACUUCAGUAUGCGCUGGAGUAAUGAUGGCGUUAAAGCCAGUUCUGUUGGACAGCCUUCGACAGCAUGCCUGGGUACCGUUUUUACUGUUCAUAAGCACAUUUGCAAUAUUAAUCUCGUUGAUGUGGAAAAGGCAAGAAACACCAACCAAUUUCGUGUUGUUAUUCUUAUUUACUUUGUGCGAAUCUAUACUUGUCGGAUAUGUGGUUAUCUCAUAUUCUGCAACUGUUGUACUACAAGCGUUUGCAUUAACUACUACAGUUGUCUUGUCGUUGAUGAUGUAUACCCUGAAUUCCAAAAGAGAUUUCAGUAAAUUAGGUGUUGGACUUACAGUUGGCUUUCUCAUUCUCUUAUUGGCUGGACCUAUAAACUUAUUCUUAGGUUCAUCUCUGUUAGAGUUUGGUAUUGCAGUCGGUGGAGCUUGUCUAUUCAGUCUGUUUAUUGUAUAUGAUACAUGGAGGAUAAUGCAUCAUUGCUCACCCGAGGAGUACAUCAUGGCGUGUAUUGAUCUGUAUUUGGAUAUAUUAAACUUAUUUAUGUAUAUUCUACGAUUCUUGAAAGAAGUACAACAUAAUCAAGGCUAAAACACAAACAAAUAAACAAACAAUCAGAAAGCUAUUCAGGAUGGAUGUGUUUUUUAUCACAGAGAUGAUAAUUAAGUGAACCUACUUAAAACAUACAUGCAUACAUACCUACGUAUAUGUGCAUAUAUACAUACAUACACCUAAAUACACUUAUGUACUUAAUACUCAAUAUCUGAUGAUAUAAUUAAGAGUGGAAUAUGUUCACCAAUGUUAUUACUUGUGCUACUUCCAUCGUUCACUUAUAACCAAAUGAAUUGUUGAACUGUCUUUCACAUACCAGCCUAUUUUUAGUCUUUCUUUUAAUUAAUCUUGUUCACAUUUCUGCUUACCGUCUUGUCUUUCUAACUAAAUGCAUACAAGCAAGAUAUUGUAAGUUAACAACAUUAGAUUGAAGCAUAAGGCUGGACAUCUCAUCGAUGUUGGUUGUUUUUUCUUCUGUUUAUUUGUUUUGCUUGACAGUUGAUAUGAUAAUAAUAAUAAUUAUUCUGCUUAAGAUGCUUAAGAACAAGAUGUAAGCUUGG